AUGGAUCGGUCUUUAUCUUAAGAAGAAAUAAAUAAAACAAAGAGCAUUGACAUUUAAACUUCAAAUUAUCAUGAUGAUUCAAAUAGUCAAUGCUUUGAUGACGAAAAUAACUAGGAUUAGUUUGAAAAUGAUGCAUCUCUUUCAAGAAAAAAUUAAAAUGAAUUAAACUUAUAAUUAAAUUUAUAGCUUAAUGAAUAAAAUUUAAAUGGAGUUAAUGAUGAAGGUAUCCUAAUCACUGCUUAACAAGAAAAAAAAGUUGAAUAAAUUGAGAAUACAAACAAAAUUAAUAACAAUCAAAUUACAUCAUUGAAACUUAAUUAACUUUAAAAUUAACAUAAUCAACAGAAUCCAUCUCCGUAUACUAUAUCUGAUCGUAAGAUAUGGGCAGUUCAAGGAGUUAUGCCUGGAUCUGUUAGUAAAAAAUUCAUUAGGUCUUACAAAUUGGGUCGAUACAAUAAGAUGAAAAGUCUAAAAAUAGAUAUGGAAUAUUUUAAUUCUCCACACCACGAGCAAUUACAUCUUGGAAACAAUAUUCUACCUUUCUAAAAUAAUAAAAAUCGCUUAUUUACUACGGGAAGCUUUGAUUAUACUAAGUAUAUGCUCCCUGAUGGGUAAAUGUAACAGACUAAAAUGCCCUUUCAGUCUGUGCAAUCUUUCAGUUCGAGAGUGAAUACUGGAAAUAUAAAUAAAUUCUAAAAUAAUUUGAAGUCACUGAAAACUUUUAGAAAUGCUUUUAAAUAAUAAAGUGAAGAUUUUAACCAAGUAUUUUCUCCAAGGACAACUUCAUAAACAGUAAUUCAAUAAGUAAUUUAGCAGCAGCAAAAUUCAAAAUAAACACCUCAAUAAGUUAAUAUGGAAAUUAGAUACAUCGAUAUUAUCACUCAGCCAAUAGUAAAACAAUCUAAUUUCAUAAACAACAAGAAAUGUCCUCAUGGUAUGACUAACAUGAGAGUGAAUGAGAAAAAGAAUAUUUUCUUCUUUAAUUAAUAAAGUAAUAAAAAUAACAAUCCUCAUCAUAUUUAGCCAAUUUAGUACCUUAGGCAUCAAGCUUACUCUUCCAACUAACCAAUAAAUUAGUAUAAUUAAAAUUAAUACAAGCUGGACUCAGCAUAUGUAGAAAAUUCAGAUAACAUGUAUGAUCUAGUAAAUAAAAGAUAAUAUAAAGCAAAUAAUUUCUUCGGAGAAGAACAAUCCUAAGGACAAAGCAGCAGCCACUAAUUAGAUGGAGGUUUACAUAAAUAAAAUUUAACAUUCAAACCAAAAAAUAAUCUCCUUCACUCAGAAUACAAAGAUUAGUAAACUGACCAUCAAGCAUCUUAAUUCACAUCAACCAGCAAUAGAAAUUUUUUUGGAAGAAAAUCAGAAAAGAGUAUGAGUAAAAUGUAACCUAACAAUUCAUUGAGACUUCCUUAGUUUGCCACUAACCCAGAAAACAUUUAGUUUUUCUCAAAAGCUAAAUAAAAUCUUGUUAAAUAUGUUAAUCAAAUAGGAACUUAAGACCAUCCUUUAAGAAACACUUUUGUUUCAUAAAAAAACAUGCUCUGA